AUGGGGGCAUCGGCAGCUAAUCGAUGUUUGUCAGUGGCUAGCCGACUGGCUGGUUGGUUGGCAUUCUGGCUGUUGGUGACUACAUGUCCCAGAUGGACUUCAACAGUACUGAGGAUUCCUGAACGCCCACUCGAAGGACUUCAAGGCAGGGUGUUUCUGUGGGCCAAUGGGCCUCACGUGACAUUCUCCAAACUAGUAUGUAGCGAAGCUACGCCUCACCUAAAGGUCUCAGUUCUUCUCAUACUCCCAAAAUGGCCUGGAGCAGAAAGUGCAGUUCUAUCCCCAUUUAUACUUCAGGAUUGCGAUACUGCUGAAGAGAUUGAAGAGGCGCCAUGUAGUUUCAUCCGUUUUGAAAUGGCAAUCAACGAUGUUUCCAUAGAUGGUGUCAAAGUUGGCCCGAAAAGAAGCGAAUUCAUGUUCGAAGAGUUCUUGUUCACUAUCAAACUAGUGGAAGAGAGUGGGGUACGUACCGUAUACUUCUCCUGUGUGACAUCGCCCGACUAUGAAUGGCGUCUGAAUACACAAAUGCGAAUCAAAACGGGUACUGCAGGCUCAACUGCUCUGAGAGUAGUGGACAAGGAUGUGUUCGAGUUCUAUCCAAGGUGUGAUCCAGUCUCUGUGGAGUUGAUGAGCGACGCAAUUUCGAUCGUCAAAUUUGAACUCCGUAUUCUGAAUAAGCUGAUCGAACGUCUACCGACUUUCCGAGAAGGGGACCUGAUAGUGCUGUUCAGCGAUGGCUCGACAAUAAAAGUCCACCGAGAGCUUGUCGCCUUGUAUUCAACCUACAUUAAAAAGUGUACGGAGGGCUCCGAAGUGACAUCGGUCGAGAAUUUCUCAAAGAAAGCCUUCAUUGAAAUGCUCUAUCAUAUAUAUCCAACACUUCGACCUCUCUACCGUAAUCUUCGCGACUUUGCCAAAGCUGCUGUCUCCUAUGAAGCUACUCCUCUGAUAUACCAACUCUCGAAGCAUCUGGUUAAUUUCAAUACCAGAUCUAUGUCUCUUGAGCAGAAACUGAGGGCUGCUCUCGAUCUGGAACUCGGACCAGCCGUUGAGGAACUCGUGUACAGGCAAGUUCUUUUUGAUUUUUCUGAGAAAGCUGCUCAAGACGGCGUGUGGAAUCACCUUAUCAAACUUGGCUUCGAGCCCGAAAACUUCUUUGGAGCUGAAGUUUAUCGAAAACUUGUAUGCCCAGCCAUUUUUGCAGGUCGUCAGAAUGAGUACGGUAAACAAUUCAUCGAAAAACCGUUCACCUUCCCAGAUUUCUUCUCAGAACAGGCAGCUCAGAAUCCUUCAAAUAAAGGGUUCUUGUUUCGAAGAACACCAUUCUACGUUAAUCGUGGAAUACUCGAAGCACAUGGGACGAGCAGAUUCGCAGUGAACUCAGACGGGCUUCUGCUAGCACUUUUCUCGCAUGAAAUGGGAAAGGAAUGUGAAAGAGGUGAUAUCCUCCCUGGAGAGGUGGUGGUAUCGAUUCUGAACUCAAUGUACCCUCUUGGACCGGCAGUGCCAGUGAAAUUCCUUAAAGCUGCGAUAGUGUUCUGCCAUGACCAUGACUGGAUUCACAUGAAAAAUCAGCUGGAACAGAAUCUUCUUCAACAACCUCCCAAGACUUGGGAAGAAUAUCGUGAUCAGAUCAUUUUCGCAGAACGCUUCAAACUUGAAAACAUGUUGGCUACGUCGGUUCAGAGGGCCGAAGGCAGCUGCAACAAUUUCGCAGAAGAACUACGAAAAAGGGACGAUUUCAAGAAGCUCCAUACAUCGACCAGAAAUCUCUUAGUUGAUCGCCUUUGUAGUGGUUGGGGACUAGAACCGAAGCUCGUAAAUAGACUCGCCACAAGAGAGCCGAGUUCAUUCCGUGAACGUAAAAUCGGGCUGAAUACUGGUGGACCACGUGCGUUUGAGGAAGAGCGCCAAGCUGCUACCUUGGCUGAGAUGAUAAAAUGGAUAAUAGUGGUGAGCGCACUGUGCUCCUCAACGACAUCAUUCAUCAUCGGAGGGUGCAUCGGACCGAAGUCUGUUCUCGAAAGAUAUUUAAAUGCGAAACAGAAAGUUGAAUUACGUAAACUCAUCCAUACGCAGUUCGAUGGCAAGAACGCUGAGCAGGUUCUGGCCAUUGUGAACACCUACGUACACAGCGUUAUCACACCAAAACAAUGGCUAAGUAUCCUCCCCGAGCUCCGGGUAUAUCAAACAAGACGAAGGGAAUGUUCCAUCUAUUCGCAAUUACUUCCAUCAGCAGUAUAUAAACAAUUACUGAACUCCGUAUGGAUAGCCAUGGAACACGGUGUGAAUGACAGCGAUUUGAAGCGCCUCGUUGAAGAAUAUGUUGAUCGUGCGAUAAAAUCCGGAAUGAUUACUAUUGAUAAAACGUACACGAAAGCUCGUCCGUUCGUCACAACCACGCCUAAAACUCGGAUUUUUUCCAAUCGAUUGAUCAACGAGUUCGAGCAACAGCCGAAAGCAACAAAACGACGAGAAUAUCCAUCAUAUAGACGAUUACCGUCUGGAAAUAUCGAUGUAUGGGUCCCAUAA